AUGAAGUUCAAGUACAUGAAGUUCAAGUACAUGAAGUUCAAGUACAUGAAGUUCAAGUACAUGUGUAAUCCUCCAGACUGGCAGGAGAUCUUGACGUACUUCAGAGGAUCCGAGCUUCAGAACUACUUCACCAAAAUCCUGGAGGACGACCUGCGGGCCAUCGUCAAGCCGCAGUACGUCGACCAGAUCCCGAAGACCGUCAAGGGGUCAGUAGGAGCCAUCCUGAGCAGGAAAGACGACACAGACACACAAACCAUCGUCUGUGCUCAGCUCGAUCUGAGUCACCUGCGGGAGAGGAACGUGGAGGAUCUGUCCGGAGGUGAGCUGCAGAGGUUCGCCUGCGCAGUCGUCUGCAUCCAGAGGGCCGACAUGGUUCCCACCCUCCUCGUCAGCUACAAGCCUCAAACCAUCAGCCCCAAGUUUAAGGGCAGCGUCCGUGCUCUGCUGCACGAGAAGAUCAGAGACGCUUACACUCACCCUCAGUUCAUCACAGACGUCAUGAAGCCGCUGCAGAUCGAGAGCAUCAUCGAUCAGGACGUGCAGAACCUGUCUGGUGGCGAGCUGCAGCGAGUCGCUCUCACUCUGUGUUUGGGGAAACCUGCUGAUGUUUAUCUGAUUGACGAGCCGUCGGCGUACCUGGACUCUGAGCAGAGGUUGAUGGCCGCCAGAGUCAUCAAGAGGUACAUCCUCCACGCCAAGAAGACUGCGUUCGUCGUGGAGCACGACUUCAUCAUGGCGACUUACCUGGCCGACAGAGUCAUCGUGUUCGACGGUAUUCCCUCCAGGCAGACCGCCGCCAACACGCCUCAGGGUCUGUUGGCAGGAAUGAACCGUUUCCUGUCGCUGCUGGAAAUCACGUUCAGACGAGACCCGAACAACUUCAGACCACGGAUCAACAAACUCAACUCCAUCAAGGACACUGAACAGAAGAAGAGCGGAAACUAUUUCUUCCUUGACGACUGAGACGACUUCCUGUGUGACCAAGCGACUUCCUGUAGGGGCCCCUUCUUCAUUCGGGCUGCGUUCAAUAAACAACAAAUAUGUUUAAAACCAUGAGAAACAGAAACUUCAGCCUCAAUGGGCUCGGCUGCGUUCAGCGGUGUUAAACCGUGAUCAUGUCCCGUGUCCGUCAGCCUGAACUCACUGAAUUUCAUCCAGUUACAUUGUGGAACAGUAAGCAGCCAAUUUGAACUCAUUUACAACACAUGGUAAUAAACGACUUUAUUCCA